GUGGAUGACGAAAAAGAAAAGAAACGUGUGUUCCAGAACAACCUGUAACUGUAACCAUGGUAAAGCAAAGAAAAGGCUCAAACGAAUAGAAAAAACCAAAAGUAUUCAAAUCACACAACCCAGCUCACAUUUUAAUUCCUUUCUUCUCUCACCACUGCUUCAUCGUGAAGAAACCCAGACACACAGUGUCUUUGGUUCCGUGCUGUCCAUGUCGUGUUCUUUUUUUGUGUUUUCUAACUUCUAACCAAUCCAGCUAACAAGAACAACCCCAUUUCAGGUUUCCUCUUCCAACACCCAAAUCUCACUCCAACUUUGAUUCUUUCCAUCUUUUUCCCAACUGGGCAUCUCUCAGAUUCUCAAAACUUCAAUGGCAUCGUGUCCUGCGAAUUCCAUCACCUACAACGGCACCCUCUGUGCCUGCGCACCCGGGUUCGUUCUUGAUGCGGUAGCAAGGAGGUGCACUCUCUUUGUUGCUAAUUCCACCAUCACCACUGAUUCCGGCGUUGACUACUAUGCCUUCAAGUUGCCGAAGACUCUGGCUGAGUUUGACACCAUCAAGAAGUUCACGCAGUCGCAGGCUGUGUUCUUGGAGGCUACGCUUGUCAUGCUCCUCUCUUGGCUUGUUUUCUGCUUGUUCCUUAGAUUCAUGAAGCUUGGUGAUGGCCGCGGGUUGUGGUUCAACAUUAGGUGGUGUAUUAGUCGCUUGGAUGUUUGCUUUGCCACCAGGCAUUGGCUGGAUGAUCAGAAAGUAGUUACCAAACGCAAAACUGAACUUGGAGGAGCUUUCUCCAUAGCAAGUUGGAUACUAUUUAUUGGUUUAUUUGCUGCGUUGCUGUACCAGAUCAUAUCAAAGAGAUCAAUUGAGGUGCAUAAUGUAAGAGCGACUAAUGGACUCGAAUUAACCUCAUUUAUCAAUGACAUGGAGUUCAAUAUAACCACUGUAUCCAGUAUGAGCUGUGCGAAUCUACGUGAUCUGGGUAAUUUGGUUGUUGGGAAUCCUGGCUUUAUUGACGAAAGAGUUGUUUCGCUGUCAACUUUUGGAAACUAUUCUUGUCACAACUCAAGCAAGGGACCAACCAUAGCACUCAAGUGUCAAAACUGCAAGGCCAUCCAUGAUCACAUGUACAUUUCAUGGAAGUUUGUUGAUCUCCCUAAUAGUCCUGCCACCGCUGUUGGUUUCGAGUUCAACCUGACUUCAAUGGAUAAUGCUAAGAAACACAUGAGUUUUGUUAAUGGAACACUAAAGAACGGAAGUGCUUUUGAUGAUGGGCUGGUUACAUUCAGAGGGAGGGAAACAAAUAUAAUGAAAUUUAACUUGUUUCCUCGAAUAUAUCGUAAUCUACAUGAUCUGAAGCUCAUACAGCCUUUAUUUCACGAGUUCCUCCCAGGUUCAGUUUCUCGUGAUACAAAACAACUUCAAGCAUCUCUUGAAAAUUCUGUUGAUGGUCUAGUCAAUACCACAUUGUAUAUCAAUUUCCUCUCUGAUUAUGUUGUGGAAGUUGAAAAGGAGAAUAUUUUGGGUCCUGUGAGCUUCCUUGCUGACCUUGGUGGCCUAUACUGCAUUAGCAUAGGAAUCUUUUUUUACCUGUUGGUACAGUGUGAGUACAGGAUAAAGAAGCUCAGAAAUGAAGAUAGCAUUUUGCGAGCAAUUAGAAAUCGGCGUAAAGCUCAAGAUCAUUGGGACAAAUUGAGGAAAUAUGUAAUGUACACCUAUGGCUGCCCUACAAUUGAUGACAACAACAAUGAAUCUAGAAAUGAAUCUUGUUGUGGUGGGAUUAUGUUGCAUUCCGUUCAUGGUAGUGGUUCAUCACGUAAGCGAAGGCAGCGAAGCAGAACAGGUUCUUUAAAUUUGCACAAGAAACCCAGUGUACCUGCCAGCAAGUCUUUGAGCUGCAAACCACUUGGGUCCACAAAUGAUCUGAAACCGCAGCAUGAACAAAUGGAAAAGCAGAAGAAUGUUGGUCCACACAAAGAUUUACCUCAAUCUCAACAUCAAGAGUCUUCUAUUAUUGAUGAUAACUUCAUUCCUCCUCCACCUUCACUAGAAUGCAAGAGUGGUUCUGAAAUGGACAUAUCCGAUAUUCAGAAGAAUCUAAAAAAUUUGUAUGAGUACAAUGCCAUGCUAAGGGAAAAAUUGUUAGCUACACAGUCUCAACUCCGUUCUUCCUCAUCCAAGCACACUUCUCAGGUAGAAAGCAAUGGAACUUGAAUGGGGUCCUUAUCGGCACACACUGUGCAGAAUUCAUAUUGCUCCAUGAUUAUUACAAGCAUGGAUAUAGUUCUACGAUGGAAGUUGAUUCUUUAUUGAGAGCUCACCAAGGGGAACUAGUGAUUGUAAAUUGGACAAAACUUACCUACGGUCUAAACUCUACAUACCGUUUGUGCUGUUGUCCAAUGAAAAAUUCAAUCAUCCACUUCUUCGACAUUUUACUCAUGUGAUAACUUUACUCAACUUCUCAUUUUUUAACCCACAUGUCUUGUUGUAAUUGGACAACAGCCAAAGCAAUAUCUACAGAACUGUAUCUAAGUUUUGUGGUUGAAAAAUCUAUGCAAACGGGAGAAUUUUGCUGCAUGGACCUAUUCAAACCAUAGCCCUUCUUGCCAGGUAUCCCUACAUUCAAAUCUGCUAAGUGUGGACAAAGUAUGCUGAUCCUAGUUUCAUCUGGUAUAUUCUUUUAUAUUCCUGUGAAAGUGUUUUUCCAUGUCCAUAUACUUGGCAUGAAACAUUGCAAAGCCAAUGCUUUAUUUUGUGUACAGGAAUGAUUUUGCAGGCAUUCUUAUUGUGAAUCAAUCAGUUAGUGAGAUAAGACUUUUGUUGUUGUUGUUGUUGUUGUUGUAUUAUUGUGAAUCAAGAGUUCUUCAAAAUGUAACAUGAUUUUCACUUAUUAUUCUUUAUCGACAUUGUAUAUUGUGAUACAGAAUUUAUUCAUAGACAUAGUAGUGCAGACAAUGAACAGACACCCAACUUUUCUCUCUCUAUCUCUCUCUUAUCAUAUUCAAUUAUUCAUUCUAUAA